AUGUCGAGCGUGACGACGAGCGUCAUGCUCACGCAAAGACAAGCGUGCGCGCAGACCAAGGUGACGACGCGAACGCGCGCCACGGAGGCGCGCGCGCGACGAGGCGUCGCCUUCGGGGUGCGCGCGAGCGCGGACGCCGACCUGGGCAAGGCAGCCGCGCGCACGAACAAGCCUUUGGAAAAGGCCAACCUGUUCAACGCGCGAUUCACCCCGUUCGCGGGUGACAAGAACGAAGAGUACUCUUUGGAUGAGAUCAUUUACAGAAGCAAAUCUGGCGGUCUGCUCGACGUGACGCACGACAUGGAUGCGCUCAAGAUUUACCCUCCGGAGUACUGGAAGGCACUGUUCGACGAGCGCGUUGGGAAGACGACGUGGCCGUAUGGAUCUGGGGUGUGGAGUAAGAAGGAGUGGGUUCUUCCGGGUAUUGCCGACGAAGACAUCGUGUCCAUGUUCGAGGGAAACUCCAACUUGUUCUGGGCCGAACGCUACGGGAGAGAGAACCUGGGAAUGACCGACCUCUGGGUGAAGCAGUGCGGUAACUCCCACACAGGUUCCUUCAAGGAUCUUGGCAUGACCGCGUUGGUCUCUCAAGUAAACCGCAUGCGAAAGAUGGGCAAGCCUCUCUCUGCCGUCGGUUGCGCGUCCACGGGUGAUACCUCGGCCGCAUUAAGCGCCUAUGCCGCCGCUGCAGGUAUCCCAUCGAUUGUCUUCCUUCCAGCGAACAAAAUCUCUGUUGCUCAGCUUGUACAACCGAUCGCCAACGGCGCUCUCGUACUUUCUAUCGACACCGAUUUCGAUGGUUGCAUGCGCCUCAUCCGCGAAGUCACCGCGGAGCUUCCCAUCUACUUGGCAAACUCACUGAACUCGCUUCGCCUCGAAGGUCAAAAGACCGCCGCUAUCGAAAUCUGCCAACAAUUCGACUGGCAAGUUCCCGAUUACGUUAUCAUCCCAGGUGGAAACCUCGGUAACGUCUACGCGUUCUACAAGGGCUUCUCCAUGUGCAAGGAGCUUGGGCUUGUCGAUCGCCUUCCGCGCAUGGUUGUGGCGCAAGCGGCGAACGCUAACCCGUUGUACCGCGCCUACAAGAAGGGUUGGGAUAAGUUCGAAGCGGUGAAGGCUGAACCGACCUUCGCGUCCGCCAUUCAAAUUGGUGAUCCAGUUUCUAUCGACCGCGCGAUCUUCGCCCUCACGGAAACCAAUGGCAUCGUUGAGGAGGCCACAGAAGAAGAAAUGAUGGACGCCGCAGCGGAAGCAGACUUGACCGGUAUGUUCAACUGCCCGCACACUGGUGUCGCGCUCGCGGCGCUCAAGAAGCUCCGCGCGUCGCAAACUAUUGCUCCGAGCGAUCGUGUCGUGGUCAUCAGCACCGCACACGGCCUUAAGUUUACGCAUAGCAAGGUUGCGUACCACGAGAAGAAGCUCGAAGGUAUCGAGAGCAGAUAUGCGAACCCGCCGGUGAUGGUCAAGGACGAUUUCGGAGCUGUUAUGGAUGUUCUUGGCUCCCGCUUGAACAAGUAA